UACAUCGCUCCCUACGUUGUGUAAUUGCUCGUUGUUCUUUAUUUUUAAUCAAAACUCUCUGGUUUGCUUACUGCAAAACCAGAUUUGCUUAAGAAGAGAGCGACCCACAAUUUAAAUGAAAAGUAGCAGUAAGUACAAUAUUAGUUCAGAAAAGCCUGAUAGGAAAACAGUGGAAAGGAACAGAAGAAUCUAUAUGAAGUAUCUUUGUUCUAAGCUUAUUUCUCUCAUUCCUCCCCACCACUUUAAACCCUCUACGGAGAUGCUUUCACAACAAGACCAAGUUGAUCAAACUAUUACUUACAUUGAGCAAUUAAAAGAAAGAGUAGAGGUAUUAAAGAGAAGGAAGGACGAGCUCGUAGCACAAGGCACAGGUGAAAGAAGUAGUACUUCAAAGAAAGUAAUGACAACUUGUACUUUAGAAACACCAGCGGUUGAAGUUAGAGAGUUGGGUUCAACUCUAGAGGUAAUUUUAAUUAGUGGUUUGAAAAAGAACUUCGCCUUGCAAGAAGUUAUAAACGUCUUAGAGGAAGAAGGAGCUCAAGUUGUUACUGCUCAUUUUUCAACAAUUUGCGAUAAGGUUUUCUAUACAAUCCACGCUCAGGUGAAAAUAACGAGAUUAGGGAUUGAUGCUUCGACGGUCCAAUUGAGAUUGCAAAAUCUGGUCUGCUAAAUUUUCUAACCAGCAAGGAUUAAUAAGGAGAUAUGCCAUAUACGGAUGUUUUAGUUUAUGAAAUAAUAAUAUACUAUUCAUACUUUUUUGCCCAACUCUAGAGGUGAUUUUAAAUAGAGGUGAAGUUAGAGAGUUGGGUUCAACUGUUUUAUAUUUUUGGAUAGGUUAGAAAAGAUAUCACUACUAGCAUCACCUUAAUAAUCUUGUAUAAAGUUUGGGAUGCCUUCAAUUUGUAACUUUUUGCACA